AUGGUUUUGUAUCACGGGGCGAAGCUACGAUGCAGUGGUUUUCGUGAUCGUUCCCAAUCUAGACAACCCAGUUUGUCACUUCUAACUGCAUCCUUCUCCCAUCGAUUACCACUCGCGCUGCUACUUCUAGCGGCUCUCCUAGCAAUCUUAUUACCCUGUCAAAUCCAAGCCAGCCGACCUUCCGUACCCGUUACAAGCGCCACCGAUCCCGUGACAAGACCAAAUUAUAGGCUCGGUUCCAGACCCGUACGAUCUCUACGUUCGCUUGUCGAAUCCCAGCCGUCCGAUGGGUCAUCCUCGUUUUACGUCCUCCCCGUCACCCACUCCUACGCGCAUCUCUCCGAGAGCUCCUUCCACGCGCGCCACGGUCAGCCACGUGGCGUCAUGACCGCAAAUCACGCUCGACUGCUCAAACUGCACGAUCGUCGCCGGCUCCUCCGUCUUCAUCGGAACUCUCCUUCCGCGAAAACCGGCGUGGAAAGCGGCGCGGUUAGGGCGGGAACAGGGGAUUGGACGAUCGGUGGAAACGGGGGAAACGGAUCGUUGGGGGAGGGGACGGUGACUGAAGUGGGAGGCGGGGCAUUCUACCAGCUAGGAGGCAAUAUGGAGAUGACCAUCGCGGGCCUCUAUUGGGCGGAAGUGCAGCUCGGGCAGCCCGUGCAAAAAUUUAAGGUUCAGAUUGACACGGGCAGUGACGUCAUGUGGGUCACCUGCGCGCCCUGCCUCGCCUGCCCGGUCGCUUCCACAGUGGUCCUUUCUCCGCCGUAUGACAUUACCAAGUCGUCAGCAGCACAGGUGGUUGACUGCGGCACCUCAACUUGCUCAGCACUGCAGCAGACCAGGCGAACGCUCGGGCAGGGCUGUCUAGACAUCCUGUACCCCAACUCGGGCGACCCGCGGUGCUACUACGGCAUUCAGUACGCGGACAACUCCAGCAGCACGGGCUACCUCGUGAAAGACCGGCUCACUUUUUCUACCUUGGGUGGCGACCCUGCUUCUAUGGACUACCUGUUCGGCUGCGGGUUCAAGCAGUCCGGCAACCUGGUAUCGGGCAACCACUUGGUCGAUGGAGUGAUGGGGCUCAACAUGGGGGCGCUAUCCAUGCUCACUCAGAUGCAGGCAGCACACAAGACCAACGGCGUCUUUGCACACUGCCUGGGAGGCGAGGAGCUGGGAGGAGGGAGUCUCAUCUUUGGGACUGUUCUGGAGGAUGGGCUGCUCUACACGAGUCUACUGGACGACAGAUCACAUUAUUAUGUGCAGCUGAACGGCAUCUCAGUGGCAGGGCAGCGCCUGCCCGGCAUCGACCAGUCGUCCUUCUCACCGCAGCAGGACGUGUUUGGUGGGUCGGGCAGCUUGCAGGGAGGAGGGGUGAUCAUCGACAGCGGCACUACCCUCGCCAUGUUCCCCACUCCCAUUUACAACACUUGGCUGGACGCAGUUACUUCUCUCAUUACCUUGCCGCAAGUGGGCGCCACGUCGGAUUUCCUCUGCUACGAUUUUGGCUCCAACAAGUACGAGGAACUUUCCAAGUACUUUCCAACAGUGACCCUGCAUUUUGAGGGGGCAGACAUGACCGUUGAACCCCCCGGCUAUGUCUUCCUGCACUCCAAUGGGGUGGUCAUGGCUGCAUGCAUAGGCUGGCAACCCAUGCUCGGAGGAGACUUUUCCACAAUCACUGUAAUUGGAGACAUAGUGCUGCGCAACCACCUAGUGGUGUAUGACACAGACAACAUGAAGCUAGGAUGGGCUCCCUACGACUGUUCCGUGGGCACGAUCACAGCCGAUGGUGGGGAAUACAACGUGACCAUUAUUGUGGGAGCCAAUCUCUCCCCCCCUCCACCCGUCAAGUCGUCUGCCUCUGCUGCUCGGGGCCCCACUUUCAUGCUCUCGUUACUGGCUGCUGCAUUAACAUCUGCUGUGCUUUUCCUCGGCACCAGUGGAGAGGGUUUGCUAGAAGAAAGUGAGUCUUCUUCUCGCCAGGGCUCAGGGGCACUGGACGCAUCGGAAAGCCGUGGUUUGCGUCAAGGGCUUUCAAAAGUCGCAUUACCGCAAGUCGACUGUUGUAGAGAGUAUGAGAUGCACUGUUGUUCGCUUGAAUCGAUGCCGUGUUCAGUCGCAGAGGAAGCUUCCGAGCAGCAACCUGAGACAGAUGCAGCGAAGUUAGGGCUUGGGGUAACGGCUCCUCCUCCUUCUAGGUCGUUCUGGGAGGUGCUGCAGGAGCGAGUGGCGGCGCACUUACCGCCGGGAGAUGCGGUGGCGUUCUGCGACGCGUUCAAGGAGUUCCACGAGGAGCUUAUUCAGCAGAGAUUGUCGCUGGAUGACAUUACGAGGAUUGCUAAGCAUGGGAAGGUGAAGUGA